AUGUCUUUUGAUGACGACGACAACCCGGCCAUCGUUGCGAGACCGCCCAGCGCCGGUGGUGCUGAUGGCGCCGCGGCGGCUGAGGAGGCAAUGGAAGAUGAGAUGCCCGACUACAAACUGUUCAUGAGUAUGUUUGACAAGAGGGGCAUCUCAAGCAAGUCAAUUCGCAAGGGCGAGAAGGACUUUGAAUCACAUGGAACCCGCGCGCAAGACGGUGUGCUGGAGACGAGCCGCCGCGCGCUCGAGGACGUGCUCAGCUACACGCGCAUUCAUCGGGGCGACGGAUGGGUUCGCGGAUGGUACGUGCCCGACUUUUGGAGUGAAGAUGGCACAGAUCCAGUUGGUCUUCUGAACCCCAAGCAGGAUGACGGGCGUUUGAUGCUGAGAGAUCGCGUCGUCGUCGUGGAGCACGAGCGCGGGAGCUGGAUGAAGGACAUUGGACGGUCUGUGCCGGCGGGCAUCAACAGCACGGAAGCGCAAAAGCCUGGCGUAGGGAGACUGUGGCUACUGCCGGAGGAGGCGCUACACAUGGUCGAGCGUGGCACGCUGGACCUCUGGUGGCCGUACAGGGACCUCGGCGAACUGCUGGGCCCAGGCGAAGCCAGCGGGCCGGAUGAUUACGACGUGGGCAUGCCCGUGAGCCUGGAAGCGGCAUACUCGCUACUUUUGGGCGAGGACGGAGAACGAGGAAAGAUCUCGCUGCCUAGGUACCAAGUGUUUACGCAUCUGAAACGAGGAGGUUUUCAUGUGCUGCGUGCACCGGGGGAGCAGAGUGAUGCUCGCUCCGCCGACACGGCACAAACAAUGUCGAACACGGCUGGAGCAGCACUGCUUCAAUGGCUACUCACAUUAGUGGGAUGGGGCCGUGAUGUGCAGCAGCAGCAGCAAACAGAGCCCAAGAAGCACUCCUUUGGACCACUGGUAUCACCCGGCCUCUACCGUGCGUACACGCCCGUGUACGAACAGCUCAGUCUGCUCCCACGACAUAGGCCACAGCGGCGCCUCACUUUUACGCAUCAAGAGGACAAUGUGUCGUCGCCGUCGUCGUCGCCGCGGAGCCCUUACGAGGUCUUCUUCCAUGUGUGGAAGUCUGGCGGCGCGCCCUUUUCCAAGCGGAGCCCGCCCACGCCCAACUUUCGCAUCGCCGUGUCCGACACUGACCUGCACAGCCUGCCCACGCUGGAGGAAAUGUCGGCGCUGCUCGAGUCGACGCCCCUGGACGAGCCCAGCAGCAACGCGGCGUGGAAGGGCCCCGGGAGGCUGUACCAGCGGCUCAAGCACGGCCACCGCAACGUGCUGGUGGCGGUGGUGGACCGCGGGCUGGUCAACUACAUGCGGUUUGGCGAGGGCGCGUUUGGCGAGGAGAGGCUCUACGAGAGGCUGGACGCUGCCAGGCGAGGGGCCAGAGGCGGCGGCGGCGGCGCUGGCGGGAAGAGGGAGUUGAAGAAGCGUGAUUUCGGAUUCCACAAAUCAAAGGGACGCAAGCUACACUACACAUGCGGCAACACCCUGACGGCUAGCUCUCCACCCUGA